AUGGCCUUUCCUCCCACCUUCCGAUGGCUGCCCAGCCGCGCGACGGUCCUCCCCAAGACGACCUCUCUGGCCGAAAGCUUCACCCGACUAUUCAGCACAUCGCCCAUGGCGGCCCUCAAAUCGGCCAACCCAGACAAGGCCAACAAGCGCAAGAAGAAGGGCGGUCCUCAGCGCUCUGAGCAUUUCCUCAAAGUGCGCACCCUCCGUCAGAACAUGUUCCCUCCACCACCGGCCCCCCUACGAAUGGCCCGUCUACGACACCUGCGUCACUGGACGAUCCACCGUGCGUGGCUGCUUUUUAGGCGCCAGCAGCGCGAAUCAAUGGAGAAGGAGCGCGCGAGGAUGCAGGCGGGCAUGUACAAUGCCUGUGAAGAGUUGAGAACGGUCAGCGGACCCGGCGAAGACAAGGGCGUGGGCUAUCUCUACCGUGUCGCCAUGGAGAAGAAGGGCGUUUGGGGCAAAAAUGCAGUACCCAUUGAGUACGCGCGGUACCAGACAGACUACCCCGGAGCAACACCGUGGAAUCACGACUGGAAGAGGCAAACCUAG